GGGAUCCAGGGGCCUAUGGGACACUUCCUGGAUUUGUUCUCCUCCAAGAUGAAUUUCAGCUACGAGAUCUUCAGACCUGACGACGGACUGUGGAGUGCCCGGCUUCCAAACGGUUCCUUCAAGGGCAUGGUUGGCAUGCUGGAAAGACAAAAUGUGGAAUUCGCCUUGGGUCCCUUUUUCGCAACGGAAGAGAGGAACCAAGUGUGUGACUUCACCGUGCCUGUAGCUGGCGACUCGUUCUCCAUUUUCAUGAUCAGGCCAACGCUCUCCAAUGACAUCUCCGGAUUUCUCAAACCUUUUACACCCUUGGUUUGGACUUUAAUCCUGCUCAGCAUUUUGGGUAUCGUCACGGGCAUGUCGUUCUUGGUCUGGGGGGAAUCACGCUGUUUCGAUAAGGGUGAAGAGAGUAUCAUCGCAAAAGCUACCCUGUGGGCGCUUCAGACGAUGUCUCAAGAGAGUUCUGAAUGGAUGCCCAAGCACGACGGUGGAAGGGUGGUCGUCACGACCUGGCUCUUUGCCUCCCUGGUCUUCAUGUCGUCCUACGGAGGCAUCCUGACCGCUAUGCUGACCGUCCCGAGGGUCGUCAUUCCAAUAGACUCCGCGAAGGACCUGGUGAGGCAAUCCGCCCUUCCCUGGAGGCUCGAGGCUGGGACCAUGAUGGUGACGUACCUCAAGGAAUCCGAGGAUCCUAUCAAACGGCAGGUUCACACGAAAAUGGAAGGGACGAUGGUCAGCUGCUGGAGGUCACGACAAGACUUCGUCGACGGGAAGUAUGCCGGGAUCUGCGACUACACGGCCAUGAAGACGAUCAUGUCUUGGGAUUUCAGUACAUCGGGUUCGUGUCAUCUGUACAUAUCCAAAGAGAUAGUCUACAGUGGAGGAAUACUGUCGGUAGCAUUCAAAACGAAUUCGACUUACAUGCACGCAGCUGAUCGUCUGCUGCUGUCGCUGAAGGAAUCGGGCAUCUUCGACAAAUGGCUGAACGACCAGUUCACCAACACGACCGAGUGUCUACGACCUCCCUCCGCCGAUAAAGGGAACAAGAUGUCCGCCCUGGGACUGGAAUCGUUGGCCGGGAUAUUCAUCCUCUUGGUUGUCGGUGGUUAUCACAGAUUGUUUGAGUUACCCCUUCAAUGCGUCACGAAUCCCCCUAUUUGUCUGUGGCGUUCCUAAGGCCUGCUUUUAACCCUACUUCAUUUGACGUCACUAGAUCUAUCAACAUUUUUCCUUGUUACUUGGGUCA